GUUUCCCCUCCAACCACAUUAUCACUCUCUAACAGAAAACCAAGGUGACCACACAAACAAAAUGUCUACUUCGGGCCUACUCUAUGCAGCCUCAAGGCUCAAUUUUCCCUCGCGAAUAUCAUCAGAUGUCUUUAACACCUGGUACAAUGAUAUACAUGUGCGUGAUGUUCUCAAGACCUCGGGAAUCAACUCCGCAGCCCGCUAUGAAACGGCUGCAGUGCCCCAAGACAGUUCCCCGUGGACAUUCCUCGCUCUCUACCCCGUCCCAGAUAUCGAGUUUCUGAACACUGGGGAGUUUACGAGCAUCCCUGUGACUAGUGAUGUUCUGCCGGGACCAACACACAGUUGUAUGGAUAUAGCGCAUUUCGAUAUGAGGCGAUACCGCGAGGUAGGGAGACGAGGAGACUUGGAUAUGCCAGCAGGUCCAACGUCUCAUCUCCUUACUGUGGAAUUUGACUUGCCUUCACACAUUGACAAAGCCGAUGACCAGGCUGUGAUGGAUUGGUUCUAUGGGAUUUGUAGUAGUAAUGGCGCGCCUCAGCGGGUGGCCAUUCAUGAAGUCUUCUGGGCUAUGUUAUUCCCGAAUGGGAAACCAGCAGAGCCGCCGCGUUACUUGGCAUUGUUGGAACUUAAUGGUGACGACAAUGUGUACGACGAAGCUAUCAAGAAAAUCCAUUUGGUCGCGAAUGUUGACCAGUGGAAAGUGCACAAGAAACGGGGCUGGGAGAACCCCUCACGCUUCUCGAAGAAGAUGACCCAAUCGAACGGCAAUUUCAGCCACAAAUUAAAUGGCCCUUAUCUCUGGCGUCGAGCCCCUCAAGGAGUCGCAAAGUCCAGCAGAGGAAAUGAGAUGAAGGACAUCAAAAUUGAGCCCGCAAAGGGCAUUUCCUACUUCACUCCUGCACAAGAAACCCCGGCAGGAACAGCAGCCAACCCUCAGAGCAGUGGGAAGGCAGUACCAAAGCUCUUCCAGUCGAUUACUAUUCGGGGAUUAACAUUCCAGAACCGUCUUGGGUAUUCUGCCGAGGAUGGACAUAUGACUGACUACCACCUCGCCCAUCUCGGCGGCAUAGCCCAGCGAGGCCCAGGCCUUAUCAUGAUCGAGGCCACCGCCGUUCAACCAGAGGGUCGCAUUUCACCCCAGGAUGUAGGGCUAUGGAAAGACUCACAAAUUGCACCGAUAGCCCGAGUUAUCGAAUUCGCCCAUAGCCAAGGCCAGAAAAUCGGCAUCCAGCUUGCGCAUGCGGGUCGGAAAGCGAGCACUACUGUACCAUGGAUGCUGAACCAUGGCGAGAUAGCGACAGAGAACGUCGGUGGGUGGCCUGAUAACAUCAGAGGGCCCAGUGAUAUACCCUUCAGCGAAACAUCUCCGCAUCCGCGAGCGAUGACAAAGGACGACAUCCGCGAGUUCAAGGAUGCGUGGGUUGCAGCCGCGAAACGGGCCCUUGUGGCCGGAGCGGAUUUCAUUGAAAUUCAUAAUGCCCAUGGGUAUCUGCUUGCAUCUUUUUUGACUCCCUACGCGAACAAGCGGACAGAUGAGUAUGGUGGAUCUUUUGAGAGUCGCAUGCGAUUGCCGUUGGAGAUUGCUCAGUUGACUCGCGAUACGGUGGGUGAGCAUGUACCUGUUUUCCUGCGCCUUUCGGCGUCGGAUUGGCUGGAUAGUAGUUCAAGCGAAAUCUGGAGCCUGCAGGAUGCGGUGAGGUUUGCUGAAGCGCUGGCUGUGCAAGGGGCUAUUGAUUUAGUUGAUGUUUCUUCUGGCGGUUUACAUUCUAGUCAGAAAGUGAAGUCCGGGCCUGGAUUUCAGGCACCGUUUGGCAUUGCGGUUAAGAAGGCGGUCGGGGACAGGAUGCUUGUUGCGACUGUUGGUCAUAUUAGAGACGGGAAGCUGGCAAAUCAAUUGCUUGAAGAAGGAGGAUUGGAUGUCAUUCUUGUCGGGCGUGGAUUUCAGAAAGAUCCUGGACUGGUCUGGACCUUUGCGCAGCACCUUGAUGUCGAGAUUGCUAUGCCGGGCCAGAUUCGCUGGGGCUUCUCCAAACAAGGACGGAGGGGGACGCCCUUUGUCGAUCCGUCAGUUUAUAAACCCUCAGUGUGA